AUGCCAUUCGGCUUAGUAAAUGCAUCGCCAACCUUUGCUCGCUGUAUGGCCGACAUAUUUCGUGACCUCGAUUUCGUUUUAGUCUACCUGGACGACAUUCUCGUAAUGUCCAAGUCUCAUAAAGAACAUUGCCACCACCUGGAUCAAGUCCUUUCAAGGCUCAAGGAACAUCAACUUAUAGAUAAAGAAAAGAAGUGUCGAUUCUUUCAGCGCGAGGUCCAGUUCCUCGGAUGCAAUCUAUCAGCUAGAGGCAUCAAACCACUUCAAGAUAAAUGCGAACGCGAUAAUGCCCUCCCAAUCUGUAAAACCGUCAAGGAAGCUCAACGGUUUCUAGGCAUGAUAAAGUAUUACCGCAGAUUUAUUCCACAAUGCUCACAGAUUGCACGACCUAUUAUCGACUUUGUGGCAAAGAAAACAACUUGGGGAUCAUUUCAAGACUCUGCCUUCAAAAAAUGA